AAUGUUCUCUUCCUUCCAUUUCAUGCAUCUCCACCUCACCUUUGACUGACCCUCUGAAACAACAGUUUGUAAGUUGGUGUGUGUUGUCAGAGUAUUUAGUGUCUGUUGCAUAUUCUGUGAUGUUUCUACUUCCCCAUUAUUACUCUUGUGUGUGUGCAGUGCCAUAGUGUUAUAUAGGGAAAUAUUUAGUAUGAUCACAUUCAACCUCGUAAUCAUUCAUUUACUAUCUUCCCACGUGUUUGCCCUGUGGACUCUCCCUCUCUGGAUCAACAGCUGGUAAGUUUGUUUGCACGUGUACACUUAUUUUAAUGGUUACUAUAGGAACUCCUACACUAAUUGUAGGAAAUCGUAAAAUGUCUUUAUCUCUCAAUUUGCAUAUUGCCAACUACAAAACUUAUUAGGUUGUACUUUUAAUACUUUUGUUGGUUCAUAGAAUAUGCAUCUAAGUUGGUACAUUAUCGUGUUUGUCUCUUCCCAUGCACACACUCAUUCCUAUGUUGGACCACACACUGAUUUGGACUACUGUAGGAGGUGAGCUUCUUAUGGGUACUCAAUGUCCACACACUAAAAUGGUUCAGCUGCAAUGUGUACGGAUGUACUGGUUACCUAGCAUCAUUAGCGUGUGUCCCUUGUCCUCUAGAGCUGACCCUCUCCCUCGUAUAGGGUAGACCACGGCUACGAGGACGAUAUCAGCUUCCCAGUUUGUGGUUACCCCAGGUGUAGGCCAGGGCACAUUACACAUGCUCCAAACUUGCCCAAAAUGUUUGUACUGACUAACUUUCCUAAAUCUGCAUGUACGUAAAUUUCCGAACAGUAACCUUGUACUAUUCGUAGUCCCAUUAUUUUUACGCACAAUUUAGAAAUACCACACAUGUACAUGCAUCGUGUACAUUGUGUACAUGUAAAUUCCCCAACUAAUUAAGUUCUUGGUUUCUCAAGAUUGUUCCCAAGAGCUUUAAUGUGCCAGGUCUAGAUGUAUUCCACUUGUUGCUAUGUGUAGUCAGUCCCAUACACACCAGCGUUCAACUGAUCUGAUGUCUUGUAUGUGUGUUAAGAUUAAAUCUCUCCCUCACAUGUACCAUUUGAUGUGUCUCAGGGUUACAUUGAGGACGUGAGUUUAUUAUUGUCAGUGUGCGCUAGCUGAGCAUUAUAUAUUUAAUGGCAAAUUAAACUAGACUGACUUGUGUACAUGUACUACUGCAUGAAGGCAGAUAUUGUGUGGCUUUAUUUAGGAUUGGUACUGCUCUUGAUAGUUUCAUGCUGUACAGACGUGUACUUGCAAUAAUUGAUGUAUACAUGUGUGAAUGCAUUCGUGUAUUUGAACAUGUUCAUUUCUCUACAUGUCCAUGUCCUACUGCUUGUUAAUGUGACUACUGCUAAUGAUUACUGGAACAACAGUGGGUAAGUUACAGUAUACAGACAUGUAUGAAUGCACUCACUGCUCCUACCAUCAUCCCCCUCUCUCUGUUUCCAUGUGUGUCUUACGCUGGUGUCUCAUUGGACUAAACAGAAGGUGAGCGGGACACUGCACUGACUUGUGACUGUACUUGUGUCAGUAAUGUUUGAGUUGUACGUAUGAGAACAUGCCGUGUAAUAUAAAUUAUUGACAUCAUAGUGUACAGGUUUGUGAUUAUAUUCUUUUCUCUCCCUACAUUUCCAUGGUUACUGAAUAUCUGCAAUGAUAGGAAGCGAAGGCUAGGGAGGAGAGUGAACUGAAGAGUCACGAGACGAGAAGAGCUGCCCUCCAACAGAGACUGUCUGAUGACAUCACUGACCAAGACCGGAGACAGCUGCAGGGAGAGCUGAAGGAGGUGGAGGGGAAGAUCAAGAAGUGUGUCUCAGAGAUACAAAUGUAUGAGAGGUCGAUACAUGACACGGAGAAUGAGAUUGCUAGGAUACGAGGGAGGCAGAGAAAGGAAGAAUCGAAGCGGUUGUUUGAUGAGGGGAUGAAGCACGGACACGUCUUGGUCAACAUUGUCAACAUGCUCGUGUUUGGACCGGCGGGAACAGGGAAGACCAACCUCAAGCACCUGCUAACUGACAAGCCCCCUCCACUACAGCGAGACAGUACUCCUUGUAUGGAAAAGCCAGUACGCAUUCGACCCGUGUCCAAUGCAAAAUUCAGGUCAACUGGAAGAGGCUGGGAAGAGAUGUCUCAGCCAAAGCUUCGUAAGCUACUAGCUCAAAUCAUCGCCAAGCUACCAAAAGAAAGCACCGAUCCACCCUUGGCAUCAAGGGUUGCCGAGAGCUUGAAGAAGAUGACCACAACCAUGUCCAUAUAUGGUUCUAAUGAUGCAAUUGAUGGUUCCAAUGACGGUUCCUAUUACGGUUCCAAUGACGCGAUUUAUGGUUCCGAUGAGCUAUUGUCUCAUUCCAGUUCGAGCAGCGAUUCUGAUGAACUUUCUGGCUCUACAAAGUUGGACAAAGCCAUUGAUGAAGUGAUAGCGAGUGUAGUGAGUGGUGUGGCAGAAGAGCUGAAGCCAGCCACACAGGGAACUGACCAACUGUCGAGCAGUGACCAGCAAGAAGGAGAACUGUUUGAUUCCAACUGGGUGUACGUUACCGACUGCGGCGGACAACCCCAAUUCCACGACAUCAGCCCUCUCUUCAUCAAGCACAUUUCUGUGGCGUUGAUAGUCCUGCGUUUGAUUGACGAACUCUCCAGUUUCCCUUCUGACGAGUACUACAAGGAUGGGCAGCUUGUUGGUAGUCCUCAUGCAUCUCACAUGACCCUCGGGGAGACACUUCAGAGUCUCAUUCGAUCCAUUGAGUCCCAUACCUCACAAGACAAGAAGCCGAAAAUGAUAUUUGUGGGCACAUUCUUGGAUCAGCUCAAGAGUUUGGAUACUCUUAUCAAGAGGAAUCAAGAGAUUCUCGACAUGCUGCCACCCGAUAUCAAGAAGCUAUUGGUGUACAACGAUCUUGCGUUGAACAAUCUGAUCUUUGGUCUCAACACAAUCAGCCGAGAUGAUAAUUCACUGGCCACUGCCAAUAGGAUUAGAAUAGCUAUUGAGCGUUCUAUUCCGCUACAAGUCAAAAUGCCCAUCUGGUGGUCCUUCUUGGAUUCACUUCUCCAGAGUUUAUCUGCCACUCUCGAGCGAGGUGUACUGAGCAAGCAAGAAUGUCUCCGAUUAGCCACUCGAUUUCAUUACGUGCUCCAAGAUCUUGAAGCUGCUCUGAUCUUCUUUGACAACGUGUGUAUAGCGCACUACUAUCCCUCCAUUCUCCCCAACACAGUGUUUGUGGAUGCCCAGAUUCCACUAGACAAGAUCACCGAGCUCUCACAGCACGCCAUCUUCCUGAGGGAUCCUGAAGUCAAAUCACGCUCUACUCUAAGUACAAGAGGGAUCGAGGCUGAAUGGAAGAGAUUUCGAGACGAAGGCAUAAUCAAUUUAAAGUUCCUACGAUUCUUUGAGAAGCAUUACGUUAAAGGCAUCUUUUCUCCAGAAGAUAUGCUGUUGAUCAUGAAAGAGCUUCUCGUGAUUGCUUCCAUUCCACUAGUGGAGGCCACUACCCACCAAGCCGAGUUCUUUAUGCCAUCUCUACUCAAAUCCAUCCCACCUGCUGAGCUAGAUAAAAUCCGUUCCUCCUUCACAAUAGCGCCCCUCGCUAUCUACUUUCGUAGUGGAUGUAUUCGCUCUGGAGUCUUUUGCUGUCUAGUUGUGGACGUGAUCAAAAGGGUGGGCUGGAAAGUUUUGCUCCCUUCAGGCGAAACAAGCAUUUUUGCUAAAAAUUGUAUCCAGUACGAAAUCUCCGAUCUCCCGUGUACCGUGACUCUGAUCGACUCCUUCUCAUAUAUGGAAGUGUAUAUCGACGUCCCUGUUUCUCUUCGCAAUGAAGUAUGCCCUAUGAUUCGAAACGAAAUUUUGCACAGCAUUAAAUUGUCCUGUGCAGUGUUGCAUUACAACAAUGACACACCCAAGACAGCCAUCUUUUGCCCAUGCAAGAAGAGCACUGGCAAAUUGCACCUUGCUGAUGUGAUCGAACGGAGUGGCUGUAAGUUUUGGAAGUGCUCCCUUCAGACACGUGUGUGGGGAGAUCUCAGUGACGAACAUAGAAUCUGGCUGGACAAUAGCGAAGGUUCUGGUGCAUCAUCCUCUGUUACGGGAGACAUGUGUACAAAGAUGACAUUGAGUGAUCAGCAGCAACAAUCUGGUGAAGCCUCCUCAGAUCUGAACACUGAAGGAAAGAGUCAUCAGUUGCAAUACUCCGGUCCAUCGUCCCCUGUAAUGGAACCUGUGUGUAGAAUGAGUGAUCAAUAUACCAGAAAACCAUCGUCUGCUACGGGAGAUACUCUUAUGAAGACUGAGAGAAAGAGUGAUCAGCAGCAAUACUCCGUAAUGGAAGAUGUGUGUAAGAAGACUGGAGUGAGAGACCAACAACUCAAUCAAGAAAUCCCUGAGAGUGACAUCAUUCUUAUCGCGGAGAAAUUUCCUCACCUGCUGAACGUGCACAAGGUUUUGACAAUGACCGAUCUACAACAUGUUUAUGAGAAACUUAAAAGUGCCAGCCCUCACUGGUUCAAUCUGGGAUUGGCUUUAGGUCUCAGUCAUUUUGUUCUCACCAACAUUGAUAGCAAGCAUCGUGGAAAUAAUGUAUCGUGCUUGCGUGAAAUGUUGGCCAAGCUCCUGAGUACACAACAUGUAACAUGGAGUCUCCUGUCAGACGCUCUCAAAAGGCCCACUGUGGAUCUCAUCAAUUUGGCUGAUAGCAUCACAGGAAAACCAUCCUCUGCUACGGGAGAUACUCUUAUGAAGACUGAGAGAAAGAGUCAUCAGCAGCAAUACUCCGGUGAAUUGUCCUCUGUUACAGUAAUGGAAGAUGUGUGUAAGAAGACUGGAGUGAGGGACCAACAACUAGAUCAAGAAAUCCCUGAGAGUGACAUCGUUCUAAUCGCAGAGAAAUUUCCUCACCUACUGAACGUGCACAAGGCUUUGACAAUGACCGAUCUGCAACAUGUUUACGAGAAACUUAAAAGUGCCAGCCCUCACUGGUUCAACCUGGGAUUGGCUCUAGGUCUAACUCAUCCUGAUCUCACCAACAUCAAUAGCGAGCAUCGUGGAAAUAAUGUGUCGUGCUUGCGUGAAAUGUUGGCCAAGCUCCUGAGUACACAACAUGUAACAUGGAGUCUCCUGUCAGAUGGUCUCAAAAGGCCCACUGUGGAUCUCAUCAAUUUGGCUGAUAGCAUCACAGGAAAACCAUCCUCUGCUACGGGAGGUACUUGUACAAAGACUGAGAGAAAGAGUGAUCAGCAGCAAUACUCUAUCAAUCAAUGUGGGACUCUGGCCAAUGUUGUUAGUAGCACUGGAUCUGGAAUGAGUGAUCAACAGCCUUGUUUGAGUAAUUCUGUAAUGGAAGAUGUGUGCUUGAAGACGGAAGUACAUGAUCAUGAUCAGCACAUUACUUCUGACAAAUUGUCUCCUGCAAUGGAACAUGUGUGUAUUAAGAAGACGGUGAUGAGUGAUCAACAGCUAUAUACCAACACAGCUGCUGAUGUCACUGAAGGAGAUACCUCACAAGAUGUCCUCACUUCAUAUCCACACACCAUUCCCUCAGGAGCUGGUGGACCGAGGACUGUGACCAUUGAGGAAUUGAAGGAGCAUACAAAAGUGACCGACUCUCAACUUGACACUGAAAUUAAAAAGAGAGACAUGUUGGACCUGGCAGAUCACUUUGACAAUGUGGACACCUACGCUGUACAACUGGGACUGAGUCCUGCAGAGCAAAGUGAUGUCAGAAUUGCUCAGCUUGCUAAUGGCGCACAAGUAGCGAUGGACAAGGCCUUGAGACUGUGGAGACAGCAUAAUCCAGGGGCCGCUACUUACAGAGCUCUGGUGGAGAUGCUGUUGAGAAUGGGAAAGGAAGCACUGGCAUUUGAAGUUUGUCAGUCAGCAGCAGCUAAAAAACCUGUGCAGAGGAAUACCUGUGAUGUGCAAUAGAACCUAACUCUCUUAUAAUAUUGUGCAUGUCAUACUUGUACUGUCUUAGUCAAUUUAUUUCCUUGAUUUGUGCUUUUUGUGUGAAUUCAUUAUAAAAUGUGGCCCAGUG